GCAAGUUGUAGAAAUUAAGGUUUGCUGCUUUCAAUUUACCAGGGUGUGGCAUAAUUGUAGAAAUCAAGUAGUUGCAGAUUUCUGACAUGUCAUCAGUUUCAUAUCCAAAUAUGAAGAUGCCUAGUCUUUAUUACAAGGGUGUGAAAGCUGCAACUGAAGGUGUGAAGGAUCCAGUCAAAACCAAUGAUCCGUCCUCAAUGGUCUCCAGUACACAUCCAGAUUUAUUUGAGGGAAACUUCACUGAACGGAAGAAAUGGGUAGAUGUCAAGUCCUUCUUUGGAUAUGGUUCCUUCUAUGUUCUACAUGAGAGAUGAAUUGCACUCAAGGUGCCUAAUGACAUGAUUCAAGAUGACGGUAAGGCUUCGAGGAAGGAGGAAUCUUUUGGCAUCACAGGUACAUGUAUUCCCUACCACUAGAAAUGUUGUUAAGUUGUCAAAAUUUUAUUGGUUGGGGAAACGUAUGCCCAUGAUGCAGCAGAUUUUCUCCCAAAGAAGAAACUCUACAAAAAAUGAAGCUUUCUUUGCUCGAUGAGAUUAGCUGGAAUAAUUUAGCAACAUAUGAGAGACAAUGGAUGCACCUGCGCUUCCCAACAAGCCCGCCACUGUUUUAAGGUUAGCUCAAUUUAAUUAGACCAGAUCUCAUGUUGAUUAACGUGUCACUUUUCUUCAAUAACAGACUGAACAUUGU